UACCAGGCUGUCUGCCGGGCACUCUUCGCCGAGACCGUGGAGCUCAAAGCCUUCCUUGCCAAGAUCCGUGAUGCCAAGGAGAUGCUGCAGAAGCUGAAGGAGGACGAGGAGGCAGAGGAGCGGCCAGCAGCAGAGCUGGGCAGCCUGCGCAACACUGACUGGGCCCGGCUGUGGGUGCAGCUGAUGCGGGAGCUGAGGCAUGGCGUGAAGCUGAAGAAGGUGCAGGAGAAGCAGUUCAACCCCCUGCCCACCGAGUACCAGCUCACCCCCUUCGAGAUGCUCAUGCAGGACAUCCGCGCCCGCAACUACAAACUCCGCAAGGUCAUGGUGAACGGAUACAUCCCACCCCGGGUGAAGAAAGAUGCCCAUGAGCUCAUCCUCGACUUCAUCCGCUCCCGGCCCCCGCUGAAGCAGCAUGCCGGCUCCAGCCGCCUGGCCUCCAGCUCCUGCCUUGAGCUCUCCCGGUCCCCGGUGAGCACCGUACCAGCACGUCCACGGCCCCGCGUCUUGCUCAAGGCACCCACCCUGGCCGAGAUGGAGGAGAUGAACAUCUCUGAGGAGGAGGACUCUCCGGGCACAGAGGUGCCGCUGAAGCGGGACCGCUCCUUCUCUGAGCAGGACCUGGCGCAGCUGCAGAGCCAGGCUGUGCUCCAGGAGCCAGAGCCACUGCAGCCCGAGCCCCGGCCCCGUUCAGGUACCCGCUGGAGGCCCCCAGCACCGUGACACCCCUAUUCCCCUAUCCCCAGGGUGGCUGUGCCAUGCCCUGCAGCAGGGGUGACACCAGGCAGCGUGGCCUUGCCACGGCCUCCCCAUCCCUCCCUGCAGGCUCCCCCUGGGACAGACUGGGCUGACAUUCCCCCUCGCUGGCAGGAGUUCAGCCACCCCGUGGAGAGCCUGGCCCUCACCGUCGAGGAGAUGAUCAACGUGCGCAGGGUGCUGGUCAAGGCGGAGAUGGAGAAGUUCCUGCAGAGCAAGGAGCUGUACAGCAGCCUGCGGAAGGGGAAGAUCUGCUGUUGCUGCAGGGCCAAGUUCCCCCUCUUCUCCUGGCCCUCGGCAUGCCUCUUCUGCAAGCGGUCUGUCUGCACCUCCUGCAGCCUAAAGAUGAAGAUGCCUUCCAAGAAGCUGGCUCACAUCCCUGUCUACGCACUGGGCUUUGAGAGCCUCCCGGGCUCGCUGCUGGCCAAAGCCCUGCCGCUGCGGAGGAGAGAGACCUUCCACUCGCUCUCGGGCCCGUGCUGGCGCCGGGUGGAAGAGGAGUUCCCCCACAUCUACGCCCAGGGCUCCGUCCUGCGUGACGUCUGCAGCGACU